AUGGCCUCCUCUCACCAGGCCAGGCAAGACCCAGGCCUCAUCACGAAUCAGAAUAUGGAGCACGAUUGGGACUUCCAAGGCAGCAUGAUCACGGAGGCUUCAUAUGCAGACGACCUCAACUGCGACGCUGAUGCUGCUGCAGAUGAUGAGGCAGUCUUCGAUGACAGCGGCUACUUUUCCCGCGCGGCUUCUGAAGAGAGGAGCAACAAGCGCGAAGCCAGCUCAAGCAAGCAGCAGCCCUUCACAUACGCAGCAGGCGAAGCGUCGGAGCCCACCAGCAUCGCUCACUCGCACGGCAACGUCGUCCACUCAUACAUUGCUGCCUCGGCAGAAGCAAGCAAUGGCUCCGCUGUAGAUUAUUAUUCUCUCCAGCACACGGGCUCAUCGAAUCCAGGCUGGCACAGCGACUACUACCAAGACGCCGUCGCAGACAACUACCACGGUGGGGGCUCCCCCCAAUUGACAUAUGCAAACCUGAGCAGCAGCAGUCAGGUCAUCACUGGUCCCAGCGCGCUCGAGGAGUGGGCACACACGCCGCACCGUCAUGAAUCGAUCGCUUAUCAUUUGGUGCGGUCUCCAGGGAAGAAACGCACGGCGAGGCGUUGA